GUGCACUAUAAAUGUACCACUUACUGCCAUUCUCCCCCAACCCCAUCCUCUUAACUCUCUCUCUCCUCUCUUUCUCUCUCUAUACAUACACACAUAUACAUAUAUGCUGCACGGAGCUUCAUAACACAGAAGUGCGAUUCCCGCCAAAAAAAUAAAAGCUCAUAUUUAUAAUUAAUUAUAUACAUACAUACAUACAUAUACAUAUCCCCAGAAGAAGUUCCUGAAAUUUCUUUCAUUUCGCUUCUCUAUCUUCUUUUCUCUCUCUAAAAUCAUCUUUUCUAAGCUUGGAUCUGAUUAUAUCUUGCUUUAAUCCUUCAAAUUAACAUCAGAUUAUGUGUUGAAUAUGGAUGGAAACUCCAUGUUGACGACAAACAGUGUUAUCGGCAUGAACUCCGAGAUGAAGUUCUCCGAGCAUGUUGUCACGACGAGCAAGAUCGUCCACGACCGGUUAUUGAUAACCUCCGGCGAGUUCCCGACGAGUUUCCGGCGGAAAGUAGUGAGGAUCACCGUCACCGACGGCGACGCCACCGACUCGUCCAGCGAGGACGACGAAGAAGUUGUGCGGAGAGUGAAGCGACACGUGAAAGAGAUCAACUUCAAUCUCUCGCCAAAGUCACCGAAGCAAGACCAGAGUAAGAAGCGAAGGUGGGUUUCGCCGGAAACUGACGACGCUCGCCGGAAGAAGUUCAGAGGCGUGCGUCAGAGGCCGUGGGGGCGCUGGGCGGCGGAGAUCCGAGACCCGACCUGCCGGAAACGGGUGUGGCUCGGGACUUACGACACGCCCGAAGAAGCCGCCACAGUGUACGACAAAGCCGCCGUUAGGUUGAAGGGUCCUGACGCCGUUACGAACUUCCCAAUCCCCACCAAGGUCGCUAUAACGGAAACGGCCGUUGUCUGCGAAACGGACAGAGAAGGGCUGCGAAACGACACCGCCUUGUCGCCGACGUCAGUCCUCCGCUUCGACGACGACGACUUAACGCCGUUUGAUAGUCUGAGUUACGGCGACGUAGACGCUUUUGGUUUCGACAUCGACAUGCCGUUACGUCUGCCGGAUAUCGAGCUGUCGGAGAAAUACUACGGCGACGAGGACUUGGGCGAGUUUGACCUCAACGAUUUCCUCGUUGAAGUGUUAUGAUGCGUGACGUGGCACAAAAUAUAAGUAGUAGUUUACAUUUCUGAGUGUUAUAUAAUCGUGAGUCAGCCGAUAGUAUACGGCGAUUUUGUGGCGUUUAGGAUUUUUGUAGUACUAGUAAUUAUUUUAUUGUUAAAUAUUUGUAUAAUUUCUUUAAAUUAUGUAGUGAAUAUUAAAGGACCAAAGUGCCACUCGAUGUUUAGUGGAGAGAGAGAGAGUGAGAGUGUGUGUGUUUAAGUUGAUCCCUUUAAUGUCACGCCAAGUUCGGAACGCAAA